ACUGCUAGCAGAAAGGACAUCUGAAGAUAGUUCUUCGUAAAACAUAUCCGAGUUCGUUUCAAAUUGCACCGUCGUGUACUGAGCUGCGUCGGUUUCGUGAAAUAACGAGACUUUUCCCGACUAAAGCAAUGUUGUACAACAUUUGAAAGACAUUGCAUUGCUGUCUACAGGCGGUUUAUUUCACUUGUAUUCAUCGCUGUCAAUCAAUGCGGAGUUUUAGAGAGAAUAGUCAUUUCCGGUUUUGACAUGGCGACGCCUCGAAAAUAGACGAUUGUGCUCUUGGUGUCAGCGAGGCUCACGCUGGUACACCAAGCAGCGCAUGUAAUAGCUCCAAAUGCUACAUUUAAGUAACAUAUGUUAAAAUAAGUUCAAACAAAAAGGUGUAGCUCGCGAACUUCGACAUGAAACAAUUUAAGAAGCUAAGUACUUUAUUUUCCUCCCCACACGUGUGGACACCCUUCAGGAGCUUACAGGUCAGAUUGUGCUGUCAUUCAAACGAGAAAAGGAAAACAUUCAAGACUAAAAUCUCCUCCGGUCCAAGUUUUUCCGAUUUUAUCAGAGGAGUCCCAGGUAGGAAAGAAAGUGUUGCAGACAAAGAAUACAAACAGGAGUAUUUCCCCGACGACUCGGACAUGGGGAAUUCACGGAAAGUCUACUUUGAAACAUAUGGAUGCCAAAUGAAUGUAAAUGACACAGAGAUUGCCUGGUCCAUUCUACAAAGGAACGGAUAUCAACGCACCACAUAUUUAGAUGAGGCAGAUGUUGUCCUGCUUGUAACAUGCUCCAUAAGAGAAAAAGCAGAACAAACCAUUUGGAACAGACUACAACAACUGACAGCGAUGAAGAAGAAACGCCUGAAGAGUCGACCGCCAAUGAAAAUUGGGAUUUUAGGUACUGGAUGUCUGAUUUCCAUGACGAGUUACACUUCCAAUUAUAGUUGUAUGGCAGAGAGAUUGAAGACGGAGCUUUUGGAGCGCGAGAAGCUCCUAGAUGUUCUCGCCGGGCCAGACGCCUACCGUGACCUUCCGCGCCUGUUGACUGUAGCCCAGGGAGGUCAACAAGCAAGCAACCUGUUGCUGUCGUUAGAGGAGACCUACGCUGACAUUAUGCCCGUCCAUCACUCUGCACAGGGCCGCAGUGCUUUUGUCUCCAUCAUGCGGGGCUGUGACAAUAUGUGCAGUUACUGCAUUGUUCCCUUCACGCGCGGCCGCGAGAGGAGCCGACCUGUCAGCUCUGUUCUUGAGGAAGUCCUUAUGCUUUCAGACCAGGGCGUGAAGGAGGUGACAUUGCUGGGCCAGAAUGUGAACAGCUACAGAGACACAUCGGAAGAGCAGUUCUGGGGUGCGAGUCCCACCGAGCUGAGUCGUGGAUUUAAGACGGUUUAUCGAGCCAAACAGGGAGGUCUGCGUUUCUCUGACCUGCUGGACAGAAUAUCUCAGGUGGAUCCCAAUAUGAGGGUCAGAUUCACGUCACCACAUCCCAAGGACUUUCCCGAUGAGGUUUUGCAUUUGAUCGCAGAGAGGGGAAACAUUUGUAAACAGAUCCAUCUUCCAGCUCAGAGUGGCAGCAGUCAGGUCUUGAAAGCUAUGCGCCGUGGCUACACAAGAGAGGCAUACCUCGAGCUAGUCCAGAACAUCAGGAGUAUUAUUCCAGAGGUUAGUCUCAGCAGUGACUUCAUCUCAGGCUUCUGUGGUGAGACGGAGGAAGACCACCAGCAGACUUUGUCACUUAUCAGAGAAGUGGGCUACAACGUAGGCUUCCUCUUUGCCUACAGUAUGAGAAAGAAAACCCACGCCUUCCAUUCCCUUCAAGACAACGUGCCAGUUGCGGUGAAGAAACACAGGCUGGAGGAGUGCAUCAGUGCGUUCAGACAGGAAGCCGCAAAAAUCAACGCUGCUCUUGUUGGCAGCACACAGCUUGUCCUGGUGGAGGGGGAGAGUAAGAGAUCUGCCAAGGAGCUGUGUGGGAGAACAGAUGGCAACAUGAGAGUGAUUUUCUCGAGAGAGGAUGUGGCUGCUCAGUCUGCAGAGUCCAAUACCGCUGCAGUCAACCCUGGAGAUUAUGUCCUGGUGAAGAUAAUGUCAUCCAGCUCACAGAGCUUGAGAGGUCAAGCCUUGCGUCACAGCUCCCUAAUGAUGCAGUCACAACCUCUGCCCAGGCAACAACGUGAUGCCCAUUUGGCCACGGAACCAACCAUGAUUGCCACAUGACCACAAGCAGCACUACUGACAGGUGUCAAGAGCACAUCUCGUCUUACUCACAAUAUUCUGCGGUACUUGACCCUCCACUUUCCCUUCAUGCUGAUGAAGGCGUUCUCAAUAGACAGUCUGACCCCAGUCCCUGGCACCAGAGCCACAGCAGACGAAGGUAGUCCCACAGACACUACUUGCAUACUAGAAGAAACAACAUUGUUGUGAACAACCAGUAGUUUAUACAUAAUUACAAACCCUGUUUCCUUAUGAGUUGGGAAAUUGUGUUAGAUGUAAAUAUAAACAGAUUACAAUCAUUUGCAAAUCCUUUUCAAGCCAUAUUCAGUUGAAUAUGCUACAAAGACAAAAUAUUUGAUGUUCAAACUCAUACAUUUUUUUUUUGUUGCAAAUAAUAAUUAACUUAGAAUUUCAUGGCUGCAACACGUGCCAAAGUAGUUGGGAAAGGGCAUGUUCACCACUGUGUUACAUCACCUUUUCUUUUGACAACACUCAAUAAACGUUUGGGAACUGAGGAAACUAA